AUGGGUAAGCCCCAUUCAUAUAGUGCCCAAGCGAGCUGGAGUAACGGUCAUGCAGAACAAGGAAGUGCUUAUCAUCUGGGGAAGGAAAUUCAGCAAUGGAGUAAGGGUGCUUGCUCGUCCAUUGAUGCAAAAAGGGAGGUCUGGAAGGUUUUAUGGUCCCUGAAGAUCCCAAACUCUGUUAAGGUAUUCCUGUGGAAAGCUUGCCACAACCUCCUGCCUACUAAAGCUAAUUUGCUUAAAAGGAAGGUUGUGGAAGACGGCUUAUGUCCUUGUUGUGGUAGGGAGGAUGAAACUGUUCUUCAUGCUUUGUGGGAUUGCCCAAGUGCUCAAGAUGUAUGGGGUUGUGGGGCUAGCUGCUUCAAAAAAUGCUAUACAGUGGGGGAUAAUUUCUUGCAAUUGUUUGAACAUUUUCUGCAUAGAUUUAGCCCGAAUAAUCUGGAACUUUUGGAAAUGGUAGCUCGCAGGAUUUGGCUUCAAAGAAAUUCUUUGGUUUUUGAAGGCAAGUUUCUCCACCCCAAUACCCUUUAUGCUGAGGCAAUCUCUGCUUGUGAUGAUUUUUAUUGCAGCACCAAGACAACAAUGGUUCUUGCUAGUGUAUCGGUCGAUGUCCAGGAACUAGCUCGGAUUUGGAAGGCUCCAUCUGCAGGUUUGAUAAAGAUUAAUUGGGAUGCAGCCUUAAAGUGGAGAACAAAUUUAGAUAAACGGUUGAAUACAUAUUUUAAAAAAAGUAGUUAG